AGACCUGCUUUUUAUUUUCUUCAUGCUGCCAGAAACUUUACAAAAGAGUCUUCGGGUAUUCAACAAUCUGGAGAUCUUCUUCACCCUGCUGCACUUUUCAGUUUCACUGCUGUGAAAAGAACAGAGAAUCCACCAUCUGAACAAAAAAUGGAAAAUCUUAAGGUGCUUGGAUUGGUUUACUUCACAUAUCUGUUUCUGUUCUCUGGGUUGGAAUUCACUUUGAGUUUUCUGACACAUCAACGCUUCCAAUUUUCCAGCAUGCAGCAGGGGAAGAUGUUCUUUUUCAUGGGCAUUACCAUGGCAGUGAUCCAGGGCGGAUAUGCCCGCAGGAUCAAACCAGGCCAUCAGAUCCAGACUCUUAGCGUGGCAAUUAUAUCACUUAUCCCAGCAUUCUUGCUCAUUGGAAUAGCAUGGAAUUUGAUUCCGGCUUAUUUUUUUACUCUUUUG